AAAUACUAUAAAUAUGGCUGUUUCUACGUGUACAGGCGUUUUAAAACCGCUGCCACCGGUUUAUCAAAAACUUGUAAUAAAGAAUUUAACCAUCAUACGUCCACCCAUGCUAAAAAUAUACUAUUGGGAUAGUUUCGAUAUUACAGGCCUAAACAAGAAGCUGAAGUCAAAUAAGAAGGAACAUGAGCACUUCUUCGACAUGCCAAUGCGUCUUAUUCACAGCCAUCCACUCAAGAUGAUAUUUUGGAUACAGAAUCUCUCAGCCAAGCCCCUUGAACUCACUUUAAAACGUAUACAGAACUGCGAGUGUGUUCCGCUUCAGACACGGGUCGGAUUUAAUCAAUUUCGGCAGCUUUUCCACUGCCCCCACCGCCGACUCAUCAACAUUUCCCAGGAGCAUUUACGUAUGAAGCCGGACGAGGUUUUAGCGUUAUCUGUAACCGGAUACUUUUACCUUUACGGUGCACAUGCUCUCAGCUUCGAAGUGCAGACUAGUGAUGAGAGACAAUUUCUGUGGCACUUCAAAUUGGAAAUCUCCGCCUUUGAUCUUGAAAAGUGUUUAGUCACCAAGGAGCUGCUGCCAGUGAACAUAAAACAUUUUCAACGCGUUACUCAACCGAUUUGGGUGCAGAAUAUAAGUAUGAUGAACUUGGCAUUCUCGUUUGCUACACGUGAUCGAGGCCUGAAACUGCAUAAUUCUAAUUUAACUGUACCUCGUCAGAGUGUAUGGCCAUUAAUGGCAGAAUACCGACCAUUGGACUAUGAGAAUGAGCUCGAAGUAACGUUGAUCCAUGAUAAUGCUAAGAUUUGCUAUAAAAUCAAAGCACGCGGAGUACUGGAGGAUGAAGCGGAAAUAUCUGACAUGCCUUUAAAGGAUACGGAAUGCUCUGAAUAUCUUUACGUGAUCUAUCCGAAUCGCUUGGAUUUUGAAAUAUGUUUAAAAGAGAGUCGCACACAGGUAGUUAAUGUACACAACUAUGGACAGAAGUGCAUGGAAUUUCGCUGGCAAAAUUACAUCAUACAUGAAUUUCUUUCCAUAACCUUCGAGCCGCAGGUAUUUAGGCUAAAAGGUCAUCACUCAAAACUUUGCCAAAUAAAACUAACCGUUCACGAACGGUUGUUGCACUUCCGUCGCAUUCCCCUCGUACUAGAAGUACAUAAUAUCUUGGACCGUACUACCCAAAUAGCCAAGGCAGAAUUAGCUGAAAUCGAGUCCAUCGAUGACCCGAAAUGGAUGGGAGAUAGCUAUUUAGAACAUGUAUUUCUGCAAAUGAACAUACGCACUAUUGUACACGCAGCGAAAGAUAUAGAAAAAGAAACUAUAGAGAGCGUCGAUACGCAUGCUGGAGGUGACGCAACAAUUUGUGCCGGUGGUAAUACCCCAAAUCCCAAUAAAGAUGUAGAAGCCGGCGAAGAGCUGGAGCCCAAGACUCCCGAACAACUACGCGAUGAAUUGAUUAAACGACUGUCCCACAAACAAAAACUAACAGCCAAUGAGAUUAUUGAACUAAGCAUGGCAAUCGAUCAACGGGUGACCGUGUUUGAAAAGCUGUUCUGGAAAUAUUUAUCCAAAACCAAUUUCAUGCGUAUCACAGCCGACCGUAGUCGCCGCAAAAUUCUGAAGACUUAUGAAAUGGUGGUAGACCCAGAAGCAUCCAGCCCGCCGGCUGAGCGAACCACAACCGUGGAUAGGAACGAAAUAAUGGAGAUCCUAGGUCGUUUAUUAUUUGAGGGCAUAAGUGAUCUAGCCAAAAACUGGGUUUUCAUUCCAUCUCAGUACUUUGAACGCUUGCGUUAAAUUUUAAAGCAUGCUCGUAACGUUACAAGUUAAAUAUCAUAUCAUAUUGUCAAUCAAUCAACAAAAUUGUGGACCUACAUAUUUUAUAUUUGCGUGUAUGCUCUAACACAUACAUAUUUAAAUAUAUUUUAUUAAAUGCAAAUAUACAUAUUA